AUGCCACGCGCCACAAGGCCACUCCCUGAGGGCUUCAUCCCCCUCACCCCCACCGCCACACGCAUAAAAUGCACCCUCUGCCACUACGACACCACCAUGCGCAUCUCCAGCGCGACGUCACACAUCAGGUCGUCCAGCCACCAAGCAGCACUCCGAUACGCCGCGCGCGAACAAGAGUCGAAAGAGAUAGACGACGACCGCGCUUGGUGCGAGGAGCGCUUCAAGUGGGAGGAACAAGCGAGAUUGGGUGAGCAAGAGCGACAAAAGCGGGAUGAGGAGGAGGAGGCGAAGGCAGCGAAGGAGAGGGAGAGGGAGAUCCUGAUAUUGCGUGGUGGGAGGUGGAUG